CUCUUCAUAACUAAGAUGUUUUUUUCUCCUGUUGCAAUCGAUUUUAAACCCUUUUAAGAACAGACUAUGUAUCUAAAAUCGAUUAAAUUAUUGCGUUUUGCGUUUUACUCUUUGGCUUCCUUCGAAAACUAUUUCAACGCAACCUUCCUGAACAUCUCACAGCAGUUCCAGGACGGGUUGCAGGGCUCAUUGAAGGAAGCGCAGAAAAUCUCUGAAGAGCUCCAGCCGUUUGCGGCCAGAACGUCGCGCUUACUCCAGGAGAAGUUCGGUCAGGUUGAUGACGUCAGCGAAUUGCCUUCUGAGUACCUCGAGUUGGAAAGAAAGGUCGAUAACUUGAGAGUUGUGUACAAGAACUUGUUGACGGUGACCGAGACGUUUGAAUUCGAGAGCUACGACUACCCACCAAACUUGAAGGAAUCGUUCAACGACGUUUCUAAGUCGCUCACGGGUAGAUUUUACGAGUUGUCCAAAACCACUACGACCAAAGAGGCGGAGACGUUGCUCAAUUCGCAGGCGAAGGAGAAGAGCUUGCCAAAGACGUUGGCCCACGCGUUGUCCCGCGCUGCCGCCAACUCUAGGCAGCAGUUAUUGAUUUCAGCCUACCAUGCAGCUGAAGAAGCUGAGGAAGAGGAGCUUCCGGAGGAGAACCCGUUGGCGAAGGCGCUUUUGAAGUUAGCGGACACCGAGAAGCUUGUGGGUGAGAAGCGAUUGGAGCAGGACCAACUGAUUAUCGUUGACUUCAACCACAAGUUGAAUCAGAUUCUCACCGACUCCUUCAAGCAGACGUCGCAGAACCGCCGGAAGGUUGAAAAGGCCAGACUUGACUUCGACACCUUGAGAACCCAAGUCAAGAGAGCGGAGGAAGCCGCCAAGGAAACGGAGGCACCAGAGGAGGACAAAGUGCCAGUUAAGGAUGUGGAGGGACUCAACUCCAAGCUCGAGGCCGCUGAGGAUGAGUUGGUUAGCGCCACUGAAGAAGCUGUGACCUCAAUGAAGAGAAUCUUGGACCCAGCCGAGAGUGUGAACUUGGUCCAGGUUUUGGUGAAGGCCCAGUUGGAAUACUUCAAGAGCGUCACCGCUGAUUUGGAGGUUUUGUCGGCCGAAUUGGAUACCAUUAUUGUGGAGGCUGCUGAGUCCGAGGAAUGAACUGUGGUGGAGGCUUCUGAGUCCAAGAAAUGAACCAUGGUGAAACCUGCGAAUAAACCACAAUUAUUUGUCUAAUCCUUUAGUUAUUUAAUAUUAUACUGACUUUGAUGGCGUAUGUAGCUUAGUAUUUUGCACAAGACAUAUACAUUGAGGUACAGGAAGCGAUAAUGAGAUCCAAUAUAAGGUCACUCUUCCACGCGCCGUAUGCCAUGGCUCAGUCUUUACCUGGCUUUCUAUUUAUUUCAACAUUCUCU